UUCUUUGUUUACUUCCAGGUUUAGUAAUAGUGAAGCGAGAACGCCGGGCCAGAAAGGGGAGUUUAGGUACCUCCCAGAGUGAGACCCAGCGCCCGCUCCCACUCCCCGCGGGCCUUCGUCCCCGCCAUGGCUGAGCUAAUCCAGAAGAAGCUACAGGGAGAAGUGGAGAAAUAUCAGCAGCUACAGAAGGACUUGAGUAAAUCCAUGUCGGGGAGACAGAAGCUUGAGGCGCAGCUAACAGAAAAUAAUAUCGUGAAGGAGGAGCUGGCCCUGCUAGAUGGAUCCAACGUGGUCUUUAAACUUCUGGGUCCUGUGCUGGUCAAACAGGAGCUGGGAGAGGCUCGUGCCACAGUGGGGAAGAGGCUGGACUAUAUCACAGCUGAAAUUAAGCGAUACGAAUCCCAGCUCCGGGACCUUGAGCGGCAGUCAGAGCAACAGAGGGAGACCCUGGCUCAGCUGCAGCAGGAGUUCCAGAGGGCCCAGGCAGCCAAGGCAGGGGCUUCUGGGAAGGCCUGACCCCAUGGGGGGGGGAGGGAAUGAGGCAGCUCAAGGGUCUAUGCUGUAGCUAAUAAAAUGUGAAAACCCCUGGCUGUUUUCUGACCAGCCACUUCCUGUCA